AGCAGGGUCUCAAGCCACGCCCAGGCACCCCCAGUGCCAUGGAGAUCAAUGUUCCGUGACUCCACAGCCGACAUCAUCAACAGUCGGUUGUCGCACCUGACGGUGCUUGGCUGCUCGCCGUGUUUCCAUCAUUUCUUGUGUACUGUUUAUCCCCCGUAUUCUCAGCAGUUCACUCCCUACUAUUUCGAUUUCGGCUGCAUCGACCUUAAGGCUUGCAGUCCACUCGUACCGGAAGGUGUUUAGUCAACUUCGUUGUUCAGCGAUCAAUUCGAAGUUGGCGAUUGAGCCCCAUCGACCUCGUGUGUCGUGGGGUACGUCGCAGCCUGCCGGGACUGUGACCGCCGAUUAGGCCAAGCGUCAUCCUCUCUCAAUAAGCGUUUCCUGCCACUUCUUCCAUCCAUCGACGGCAUCAUCACGGACUGCGGAUAAGCUCCUCAUUGACGUCGCCUCGCCAUCAUGGCGCUCAAACCACAUCGCGCGCUCCUUGUAGUGGCGCUGUCGCUAACAUGUCUCACCUCUGCCUACAAUCAUUCCUCAUCAAUCGAGAUGAUGCGCGCGCAGCUGGCCCUUAUGGAGGAUAGGCCUAAGGAUUGCCCGCCAUGCUUCAACUGCAACCUUCCCAUCUACUCCUGCGGCCAGUUCGCUCCUUGUAGCGAAUACAGCGGCAAGUGCAACUGCCCGGCAGGCUUUGGCGGGGAUAACUGUCUAGAGCCUCUAUGCGGGUCUCUAGCUCGAGGUCCAGAUCGAACCGUGCGAUCAGGAAAAUCUUGCGAAUGCGAUGAGGGGUGGACGGGCAUCAAUUGCAAUGUGUGCACAAGCGAUCGGGCGUGCGAUGCGCUGACAGAAACGGGUGAUGGCGGAGUCUGCUACACUGGCGGCGAGGUCGUCAAGCAAAACUACCAGAUGUGCGACGUUACGAACAAGGCAAUUCGAGACCUGCUCGGGGAACAAGUGCCUCAGGUCACCUUCACUUGCGAUAAGCCGAGCGGCGAGUGCGAUUUUCAAUUCUGGGUGGAUGAGCGCGAGUCGUUCAUGUGCCACUUGAACGAGUGCGAAUCAAGCGCCGACUUCGACCCAUCUGGCAAGAAGAACUCGACGUCUUACAAGUGCAACAAAAUCUCGUGCGAGUGUAUUCCCGACCGCAUGCUUUGCGGCGAGAAUGGCUCCGUUGAUAUUAGUGACUUCCUGGUUAACAUGAUCAAGGGCCCCGCAAAGUUCGAAUGUACGCAACGACCCGGGGAAGGGAAGAAAUGCGCGUUUCAGGAACCGGAGAUGAACAACCUGAUUAGCGACAUCUUUGGCGAUUCCAGCAUUCUCCUGACAUGCGGCUCUGGGGAGUGUUUAUAUCAUACCGAAGUGCCCGGAUACUCGCCAAAAGUACCCCAGAUCAAUACGCCCCUCAUCGCUGGCGUCAUCGCAGGGUGCGCGCUCUUCCUGGUUGCGGUCAUUCUCGGGACUUGGUACCUGUCUAGGCGACAGUUCAAGUACGGGCCAAUCCAUCUGGACGACUCGGACGAUGAGGCCAUCAAGCUCAUGACAGACCACAAGCCGGCAUCUCUGUACUUUCAGAAUGUCUCCUACAGUCUGAACGGCAAAGAAAUCUUGUCAGGCAUCCAGGGCAUGGCUCACCCAGGCGAAAUCACCGCCAUAAUGGGUGCCUCAGGUGCAGGGAAAACUACCUUCCUAGAUAUCCUUGCUCGCAAGAACAAGCGUGGUCAAGUCUCUGGAGAAUUUUACGUCAACGGCGAGAAAGUGAGCGACGUCGAUUACAAGAACGCAACCGGAUUUGUUGAUCAGGAGGACACCAUGCUUCCCACUUUGACCGUGCACGAGACGAUCCUCACCAGUGCCCUCCUACGCCUUCCGAGGGACAUGGGCCGAGCAGCAAAAGAGCAAAGAGUGCUCGAAGUCGAAAAGCAGCUGGGAAUCCACCACAUCCGGGACUCUCUGAUCGGUUCGGAAGAGGGCAAAGGACGUGGCAUUUCCGGCGGAGAAAAGCGCCGGGUUAGUAUUGCUUGCGAGUUGGUCACCAGCCCGUCCAUUCUCUUCCUCGAUGAGCCUACCAGCGGUCUCGACGCGUACAACGCCUACAACGUCAUUGAAUGUCUCGUCACCCUCGCCAAGACGUACAAACGAACUGUCAUUUUCACGAUUCAUCAGCCCAGGUCCAACAUCGUUGCCCUCUUCGACCGCCUGAUCCUGCUCGCCCAGGGCAAGACUGUCUACUCUGGCCCGUUGCACCAAUGCCAGGACUACUUCGAUCACAUUGGAUACAGCUGCCCGCCUGGCUUCAACAUUGCGGAUUACCUUGUGGACUUGACAAUGCAUGCCAGUUCCACCUCGUCAUUCGAUGACGGGACUCUCUCCAUCGACGCGGCAAGCGUUGGUCCCAGUAGCACAAGGGCGGUGAAGUCUAUCGCAAGCGUGUCUGGCAGCGUUGGUGAUGACAGCACGGCUGAAGCAACGUCUUCUCGCCCCAAGAACAAACGCCGUGACUCGGUUCGACUCAGACAGGAGCGAGAGCUCUACACUCGACGCAAACAAGCAGUAGAUACCGCGGCCUCCUCUGAUGCCGGUGACGAGCUUGGGGCUUACAAGCUCCAACGGCACCCCCCGCACAGAUUGCCGCUAGCAACCUCUACGCCGGACGACCAUGACGACCUGCCUCCACCGGCACCUACUGGAACCGACCUCGACAUUCUGGUGCAUUCAUAUAUCCAAUCUGACAUAGCGGGGAACACGCAUGACGAGAUCCAGCAGGCUGUCACUGCAGCAACUAACCGCAAUGGUCGAAACUCCAACGGAUAUGCCGAAGCCGGGCCCAACAUCAACCUCCCCACCAUGGGGAAGGGGUACGCCCGCGUUGGGUACUGGCGGCAGUUCGUACUUCUUUCACAGCGAACGUGGAGGAACCUCUACAGGAACCCGAUGUUGAUGUUGACUCACUACGCAAUUGCCAUACUCCUGGCCGUCUUUGCUGGCUAUCUUUUCUAUGGUCUGACCAUGGACAUCGCCGGGUUCCAGAAUAGGCUCGGCCUGUUCUUCUUCGUCCUCGCCCUCUUUGGAUUCAGCACCUUGACCAGCCUGUCGGUAUUCUCUCAGGAGCGGCUGCUCUUUGUGCGCGAGAGAGCUAACGGGUAUUACUCACCAAUCACUUACUUCGCCGCUAAGGUCCUCUUCGACAUUGUCCCAUUGAGAAUCAUCCCCCCCAUCCUGCUUGGGGCCAUUGUCUACCCAAUGACCGGUCUGGUUGCCCAGAUUGACAAGUUUAUGAUUUUCAUGCUCGUUCUGGUCCUCUUCAACCUCGCAGCGGCCGCCAUCUGCCUGUUCAUCGGUAUCGUCUGCAAAGACCACGGCGUCGCCAACCUCAUUGGGAGCUUGGUCAUGCUCUUCAGCUUGCUGUUUGCUGGCCUCUUGCUUAAUCACAACGCCAUCCCACCCGCAGCCCUCUGGCUCCAAUGGCUCUCCAUCUUCCAUUACGGCUUUGAGGCGCUGAUUGUGAACGAGGUCACCCAACUGACGCUGGUCGACCACAAGAUUGGCAUUGACAUCACAGUGCCUGGCGCGGCGAUCCUGAGCUCCUUUGGCUUCGACAACCAAGCCAUGUGGAUGGAUAUUAUAAACCUGGGCAUCUUUGGGGCUGUAUUUAUCGUGCUAGCCUACGCGGCAAUGCAUAUUCUGCUUGUGGAGAGGCGAUAAUGCUCGCUGUUCUGGCGGUUGAGCGUUGGUAUGAGUAUUGGGAACGAAGGCCUUCGUACCCUGAUUUAGUCGGAUAGAGUUCGGACAGUAUUCAAGCGUUGAGUCUCGUUUUACGGGAGGUAGACCGUGUUUCGUUGGCUCUGGGUAGCAAGCAACAUGGGUUUCAGAGAGGACAGCGAGGGUGACGUGAUGGAUUUCGGCGUUGUCGGCGCACGCAUUUUCAAUUGUACUCCUUUCAUAUAACAAACAUAUAUAUGCUAGUUAUACAAAUUCCAUGUGCAAUCAGUCACACAUGCAAGUUCUCAUGUAAAUAUGCGGAAAAGCCUCG